AUGUCUAUUUUGGUUACUAGAGCGCUUCCAGCGCUGAAUCUCGGCCGUGUUGCAGGUGCGCGUGCUGUUCCAAGAGUUGUGGCCAACUCGUUUGUCAGAUUCGCUGGAACUUUCGACAGAUCCAAGCCCCACGUCAACAUUGGUACGAUUGGGCAUGUGGAUCACGGCAAAACCACUUUGACCGCUGCCAUCACCAAGGUGCUUUCUGAAAACGGAGGUGCCUCUUUCCUGGACUACUCUGCCAUUGACAAGGCUCCAGAAGAGCGUGCUAGAGGUAUCACUAUCUCCACUGCCCACGUUGAGUACGAAACUCCUAAGAGACACUAUUCGCACGUGGACUGUCCAGGCCAUCAAGAUUACAUCAAGAACAUGAUUACUGGUGCUGCUCAGAUGGACGGUGCUAUUAUUGUUGUUGCUGCCACCGACGGACAAAUGCCUCAAACCAGAGAGCACUUGUUGCUUGCUAGACAGGUUGGUGUUCAGAAACUGGUUGUCUUCGUCAACAAGGUCGACACCAUUGACGACCCAGAGAUGUUGGAGCUUGUUGAGAUGGAAAUGAGAGAGCUCUUGAGCUCUUACGGCUUUGACGGUGAUGAGACCCCGGUCAUCAUGGGAUCUGCUCUGUGUGCUUUGGAAGGAAGACAACCAGAGAUCGGAAAGCAGGCUAUCGAGAAGCUGAUGAACGCUGUUGACGAGUACAUCCCAACCCCUGUUAGAGACCUUGAGCAGCCAUUCCUGUUGCCUAUCGACGAGGUCUUUUCCAUCUCGGGAAGAGGUACUGUUGUUUCUGGUACUGUCGAGAGAGGUGUGCUGAAGAAGGGUGAGGAAGUUGAGAUUGUUGGAGGCAAGAACGCCACUCCUCUCAAGACCACUGUGACCGGUAUUGAGAUGUACCACAAGGAGCUUGACCAAGCCAUGGCUGGUGACACUCCAGGUAUUCUCCUGAGAGGUAUGAAGAGAGAGCAAAUUCAAAGAGGUAUGAUUGUCGCCAAGGUUGGCUCUUUGAAGUCCUACAAGAAGUUCCUGGCCUCCAUGUACAUUCUGACCAAGGAGGAGGGAGGAAGACACACUCCAUUCUCGGAGAACUACAGACCACAGAUGUUUGUGAGGACCACCAACGUCAGUGUCACCCUGAGAUUCCCAGACUCCGAGGAGGACCACUCCAAGCAGGUCAUGCCAGGAGACAACGUGGAGAUGGUGUGCGAGAUGCUCCACCCUGUUGCUCUGGAGGUUGGCCAGAGAUUCAAUCUCAGAGAGUCUGGAAAGACCGUCGGUACUGGUAUGAUUACCAGACUGUAUGAGUAG